AUGCCAAGUGAGGUGCUUGAGAGUGGCAGUGGGAUGGAGGAGACUGUGCAGAAGGACAGCAAGUCUGGAGGCCAGAGCCCUCGCUGUGGCACAAUGAGAAGGGCUGUGGCAACCACUGUCACCUUUGAUGGGGAAGCCACUAUGGACCGGAGGAAAAAGAAGAAAAAGGAGUCCCGUCCUGAGUCAAUAAUAGUGUAUCGGUCAGAGAAUGAGAAUAAGGUGGAAGAAGAACAGGCAGAUGAGGAAGGAGGGGAGAGGAGCUCUGAGGAGGGAUCCAAGUUCCUGGGUCAAUCUAUGGCAGAUGGUGCCUGGAACAUGCCUUUAGACAGCCGAUAUGUCACCUUAACUGGAACAAUCACCAGGGGAAAGAAGAAAGGUCAGAUGGUGGAUAUCCAUGUCACACUAACUGACAAAGAGCUGCAAGAACUGGCCAAGUCAAAGGAACCUCCUAAAGAGGAUGCACCUGAGAAGAAGAAGAAAUGUGAUGUUGGGUUGGACAGAGGACCCCACAUUGUCCUCUGGACCAUCAUCUGCCUCCCCAUCAUUUUUGUAGUGUCCUUCGUGGUUUCAUUCUACUAUGGAACCAUUACAUGGUACAACAUCUUCUUAGUGUACAAUGAAGAGAGGACCUUCUGGCACAAAAUCACCUUUUGUCCCUUUUUGAUUAUCUCCUACCCAAUUAUAAUUAUGGUUGUUUCUUUUUCCCUAGGCCUGUACUCGGCUGUGGCCCAGGUAGCAUGGUCCUUUGGGUACUGGUGGCAUGCUGUCAGGGAUAUGGAGAAGGGCUUCUGUGGCUGGCUCUGCAGCAAGCUGGGCUUGGAAGAUUGUUCUCCGUACAGCAUUGUCGAGCUGCUAGAGUCUGACAAUAUCUCAGGUAGUCUCUCUGGCAAGAGCUCUGCUCAGGGGGUUGAGACCUCAGCAGUCUGA